CUUCUUCUUCAUCAAGAAAAACAUAAACAAACUUUAGGCUCCCCGAAGCCAAUGCAAGAACAGGAAGCGAUGACCAGGAAGCGUGGCAGAACCCGAAACAGGAGCAAACAGCGUAAUCGUCGUCGUGGCUGCCGACAGAGACGGGAGGGAAAGCCACCGCAGCAGCAGCUACAGAGACCACCACAGCCAACAGCCCGGGAGCAAUGGGCAAGGGGAGCCGAGAUGUGCAUCCAGACAAGUCGCAGUCUCUUUGAAUGGCACCACAAUCAGGUCAUGAGCCUCUGCCAAGGCUUGAGGCAGCAGGAAGCCACCCUGGGAACACAGCACUGCCUGGACUAUGUGUAUGAGAGUUCCUCGGAAGAGGAUGAGCAGGAGGAGGAGCUGGAACAGGACCCGGAGCCCAUUGACGAGGGUUAUUUAAAGUUCUUGGAGGUCACUAUCAAGCACCAGGAAGAACUACGUCGAAGGAGAGCAGACACUACCACCGCCGGUUCAGAUGAACUUAGUGAUAAGAACUAGAAUACUAAAAUAUAUUUUUGGACAAAGAAUUGUAUGAUUAAGACAUAUUUUUAAGUACAAGACAUUCAAAAUUUGAAAAUAUAUAUUUUUUAUUAAAUAUUGAGCAUA